CAAUCAUCCAAAAACAAUUUCCUUCCAUUGAAUUCCCAAUUCCAUCAAAAAAUCAACAGCCACCAAUUUCUUCUUUCCACAUCAAUCAUGGAGAACAACCACAACAACCAACAACAAUAUCCAACGCCACAACCCACGGCGGUUACAUCUGCAGCACCAUUCCAACACCUCCUCCAACAACAACAACAACAGCUUCAAAUGUUCUGGUCAUACCAAAGACAAGAAAUCGAACACGUUAACGACUUCAAAAACCACCAACUACCAUUAGCACGCAUUAAGAAAAUCAUGAAAGCCGAUGAAGAUGUUCGUAUGAUCUCUGCUGAAGCACCAAUCCUUUUCGCCAAAGCAUGUGAACUUUUCAUUCUUGAACUCACCAUUCGUUCAUGGCUUCAUGCUGAAGAAAAUAAACGAAGAACAUUACAGAAAAAUGACAUUGCUGCUGCUAUUACUCGUACUGAUAUUUUUGAUUUUUUGGUUGAUAUUGUUCCGAGAGAUGAGAUUAAAGAAGAAGGUAAUAUUGUUGGUGUUGGUGCUACUGCUAGUGGUGUUCCUUAUUAUUAUCCUCCUAUUGGUCAACCUGCUGGUGGAAUGAUGAUUGGUCGUCCGGCUGUUGAUCCGGCUACCGGUGUUUAUGUUCAGCCUCCUUCUCAGGCUUGGCAGUCUGUUUGGCAGACUGGUGCUGAUGAUGGUUCAUAUGCCGGUGGUAGCGGCGGUCAGCACAAUGUUGAUGGCCAGAGUUCAUGCUAAUGUCUGGAAAUGGUUCCGAUGUUUCUUGUGGUUUCCUUUUUGCUCAGCAGCUGAGUGGCAAUGCUGCUGAUGACGGACUGUCAAGACUUAUAAAGAUGCUGGACUUCUGCAAAGUUGCUUGGAAUUUUUUAUUUCUUGCAAUUUAGAAAUGAUUUUGUUAACUUAAUUUGUAUGGGAUGACAUCAAGAACAUGUUAACUUGGUGAUAAACAUCAUGAUUUAACUACCUAUGUACAAAAAAUUAAAAUCUAACAAUGAUCCUUCUGUGCAAUGCAUGAAACAUCAUGUUUGAUCAUCUGCUAAUGGAGUGAAGCCUGUAUUUCUUCA